GAUAGAUUAAUGCACACCUCUCUGCUGAUAUUCUGCUUUUUUACAUUUGUCUGCAUUAACGGAAGAGGUCAAGGCUCUCCUCUGUCAUGUGAAGUUAAGCUUACGGUCCAGCAAGGUGCGACAUGGAAAACUGGCCCACAACAAAAUGUGACAAUCAGCUGUCCUGUCAAACACUGUGGAGAAUCACCAAGAGUCACCUGGUGUAAACUGCUCGACACAUACGAAUGCAAACAGAUCAAUAAUCCCACAGAGAAUGUAGAAAUAAGACAGACGGAUGUACACGGUAAGGAUGAACUGAUCUCAUAUUUGACUUUCACACGGAUUUCCAUUCGUGACGAUGGCCUGUACAGAUGCUAUUUAAGAGGACCCAAAUAUGAAGAGAUCAGUCACGCUAUCAAUGUCUCGGUUUCAGACUUAAACCAGGGGACUGAAUACUCUGACAAUAAUGCAGGUUUAAGCCAUUUGGCUAAAAACAAUGCGGAUAAACUAAGCGGUGCUGGACAUGAGAGUGCACCCUGGCUGCCCUACUUCUACAUCUGUGUUUGCAUAGCUCUUGUGGUUCUCACACUGACAGUGUUAACCUUCCUGAGUUUUUAUGGCUGGAAACGAAUUGGAACGUACAACCUCACAAAGAGACAAGUAUCGCAGGAAAUGGCCACUCAUGUGAUACCCGACCUUCCUAAAGGGAAUGCUCCGUUAUCUCUUGUCCUGUGUGACACCUACUCUCCACGCACUGAGGAAAGACCACCAUUACAACCUCCCCAAAUGACCACAGGGAUCCAGCAUGGUCUUGGAAACACAGCAGACGGCAGUCAAGUGUCAGACAGUGCAGUGUAUGCUAUCGUCAACCACCGACAGCUUGGGAGAACUGCUAGAGAACACCAUGCUGUGACUAAACAAAAUAAAAAGGCAGAAUAUGCUACCAUCAAUGUUUCCUGAACAUUUUGGAUUUGUCACAGACACAUGCAGAUGAAAACAUAGAUGGAAAAAUGCACACAAGUAUGUGAUGGUGUCAUGGAACAGACGAAGAAGCUAAGCAAUCGACCACAAUGCUGAAAAGGUGAACGGAGGAGGCUUGUGGUCACGCAGAUGCGCAGUACAGUCAGCUUUAAUUAACCAGAUGAGACCAAAAGCAGUUCAACCUUAAUGUCUCACUUUUCAUUUUGUUCUAGGCCUUGAUGCUCUUUGUUAAAAGCUGUAGUUAUAUUUCAGUUGUUUAUUUCCCCCCAGUCGUUUCAUUUACUCAGAAGGCAUUUCUUCGUCAUAGCUUUAGUGGAUUGUUUAAGAAAAGACUGUAGAUAAGUAGAUUUGUCAUAUGCAGACACACUGAAUACCUGUUGUACAUUCUUUUGUCUGAUUUAGUAGUUUAAAGACUGAAGUUUGGGAGGUGACUAUGUCUUAAUAUAAAUAAAAUGAAAUAAAUUGCAUUCCAUUAUAA